UAUCUGAUGAGCCACAGGAACGAUCUCCUUCCGAACCCCCGGUCAUCUCUCGUGGCUCCUCUCAGCCAUCGGGCGAUACCAUUCAGAAGUCUACUACCUCAUUCCCGGGACAUAGUACACGCAGUAGUACUACUCCUGAACAUGAUUUCUUGGAAUCUCGAUCUAUGGACCAUGACGCUAUGCCCGCACAGGCACCGGAUUCUUCCAACUAUAUCGCAGAACCUGUCUGUCACGAUAUUGCUCAAACACCCAACGGCGUCAACUGCCCUAAUCCUGAUGCCACGGCUUCUGGGCCGAUUGACUGCGACAUUAGCCUCCUUUUUACAUCCAAUGAUGUCAAUCCUAAUCGCUCAGUGUUCGAACCUAUACGUCAUCGUACUCCUCAGGCACCCAUUCAAGACAGGACCACUAUGUUUCGUCUCUCGGACUCCGAAACCAUCCAUUACAGCGCCCCUCAGUGGGUCAAUGUCGCGAUUCAUUCCAAGUCCGACAAAGAACGCCAGUUGAUGAAUCAACUGGUGACGAAUACUCCAUCUCGCUCGGUUAACGAUCCCGUCUGUGCCAACCUCUCUCUUCUCAGUUCUGCCGCUGGCAUAGUCCAACUCUUCGAUAAUCCAGGGGCUCGGUCCUCUUCAAGUCCCUUUCCCCUGCCCGGAUUCUCCCUUCGUUCCUCCGAUUCGCCUAGUGUGUUGAAGCAUUUCAGCGCGGACGAGUUACUACUUCUCAAUCAAUUUAAGUCUCCGACACCAGGCUCACAAAAUACGCCCAAUCAUGGCGGCGAAACUGUACCGGUCGAUGCUGCAGCGG